GGGCUGGGUCAGAGUGGGUUCCAUGUGAGGUAUGGGCAGGGUCAGGAUUGGGUCAAGAAGAGGUCAUGGCUGGGUCUGAGAGAUGUCAGGACUGGGCAAAGGUGGGGGAGAGGGGGAGAGAAUGAUCAGGGUAGAGAAAGCGCAGGGUCAGAGAGGGGCCAGAAUAGGGCCAGGGUUGGGCAGGGCUGAACCAGCACUGGGGCACCAGCAUUUCUGAGAUCAGUUCUUACAGUUUCUGGAAGGCCUGAGAUCUGAAUUUAUAAUUCCCUCCUUCCACCUGCCCCUACCCCACCCCACUCCCGGGGCCUUUCCUGAAUUGAUUUCCUCCUUUUAUUCCCUUUUCAAGUUCAGUACGUCUCUCCACUGUCUCUGUCUUUCUUCACCUUUUCCUGAGACCUCAGGGACCUAUUCUCUGACCUCAAAGACCUCCAAUCCAGGCUUGCGUUCUCUCCAUCCUUUCUUUUGGCUCGUGUGGUAGACUUUUGAGAAACAAACAAACAAGCAAACAAAUAAAAAAGAAAGGAAAAGAAAAGAAAAGAAAAAAGAAAAAAGGAAACCCGCAAACUUUUAUGUCUUUAAUUACACAAAUAUCCAUCUAACUCCUCAACUGUCAAAGGAGACAAUGAUAAUUCACAGGAUUGUCAUAAAGACGAAGUGUAAAAGCAUCGAGAACCCAUUGUAAUAGAAACCUGUUGAAUUUUUUGCACUUCACAGAUACUGAUUUUGACUCUCAAAGACACUUUCUCCAUCCUCCAAAGCUCGUGCCUGAGUCCUAGACCCAACCUUCUCUGAAAUCCAAAUUGAGAGAUGCCACAGGACAGGAAGGAAUUACUAUACAUAGAUAACCAUGGAUGUGUCUACCAGUUCAUACACCCAUGCAUUCAAUCGUUACCAUUUUAAAAAAUGUUUAUUUUCAUUUUUGAGGAGGGGGAGGGGCAGGAGAGAGAGAGAAUCCCAAGCAGGCUCCGCACCAGCAGUGCUGAGCCUGAUGCGGGGCUUGAACCCACGAACAGUGAUCAUGACCUGAGCUGAAAUCAAGAGUGGGAUGCUUGGGGCGCCUGGGUGGUUCGGUCGGUUAAGCAUCCGACUUCGGUUCAGGUCACGAUCUCCUGCUUUGUGAGUUUGAGUCCCGCGUCAGGCUCUGUGCUUACAGCUCAGAGCCUGGAACCCACUUUGGAUUCUGUGUCUGCCUUUCUGCUCCUCCCCUGCUCAUGCUCUGUCUCUCUGUCUUCUUCAAAAAUAAUAAACAUUCAAAUAAAAAAUUAAAAAAAAAAAGAGUGGGACGCUUAACCAACCGAGUCACCCAGGUGCCCCUCAAUUGUUACCUUUUUACUUUAACAACCAGCAAAGGCUCUGUACCAGGUGAUGAAGGUACAGUGGGAAAAAGAAGAGAUCUGUUCUCUACCCUCAGGGGGGUCUGUUCGGUAAGAUGGGUAGGGAAAAAGUAGUGAGAUAAGGGAUGCCAGUGAAGGAGACUUGCGUGUUGCACUGAUAAGGGAGCACUUGGUGGGCGACCUUGCCAAGAACUGAAGUUGAAGGGUGAAUUGAAGUUGGGCUGGGCUGGGAGGCUCAGGAUGGGAGAUGUGGGUGGAGUGACGUGGGAGGUGAGAUCUAAAGGGUGGCCAAGGCAGUCUGGGCACAGGUGGGAGAAAGGUGCCCCAGGCAGAAGGAGCAGCCUGGACUGCUUCUUGAAUUGCUGAGGUAGGAAAGCUCGCGGUGUGAGAGGAACCCUGUGAAGUCUCGUGUGGCUGGAGCGGACAUGGUCUCUUCCUGGGAGGAGGACCGCAAGUUCAUCCUGCGGGGCUGGUCUCUGGUCUUCAGCAUCCUCGCAACCCUGAUGAUGCUCAGCGUGGUGGAUGGACGUCUGGCGUACUUGCAGGGCUCUUACACUGGCUACCUGGGCUUCUGGACAGACUGCAGGAAGCACAAGUGUGUCAGCCUGGGCCAAGUCACCGUUCUCAUCCAUAUGAGCAUGGGCUUCAUGAUGCUGGCCCUGACCCUGUGUCUCAUCCUCCUCCCCUUCAUGUGCCUCUCCUUCCGGCCAGUCUUCCGACGCCUUACUAAGAUCGACCUUGUCUUCAGUUCUCUCAGCUUCAGCACUGGGUUCCUGAUCGUUCUCAGUCUGACGCUCUUUGUAGUCAACUGUGAGACGCUACACCCGAGGCCACAAGUAUCCUACCUGGUGACCACCUACCUGUGCUGGGGCGCCGGCGCCUUGAUGCUGUUGGCCGGAGUGCUGAACUACUUAAACCACUUGGGCAUGUGGGGCAGAAGUUCGCCCUUCAUGGAGCGGCGUCUGAGCUGCCGUCGGUGGGUCUCGCAGCAGAACGCUCAGAGACGCGCGUCCGAACUGCAGUCCGACGCGGACCGCAAGCUCAGCCGGGACCUGUCCAGUGCAUUCACCCCCGAGGGGCGCCCCCUCGAGCCUCUCUAAACAGUUGCACCCGAGCUUCGCAGGAAACUGACCGGUAACCGCAGCCGCAUACCGGGCCCGCCCCCUCCGUCGUGGCAACGCGCCGGAGAAUAGACCUCCCUUCGAGGGCCCGCUCCCAAAGAACAGGCCGUGCCUUCUGAGGACAGGCGACAAACCCCCACCCCUCGAGCCUGGGGUUUCCCUUUUCGGCUCUGUUCCCGCGCACCGAGUCCUCAACCUGCCUUCCCUCCUGCAGCGCGACACCGCCCCCUCCAGUUCUGUGCGCGGCGUGCCGCGCUCCGGGCUGGUGUGGCCCCGCCCCUGAGCCUAGCUAGGGCCCGCCCCUGGGUGGUUGGGCCUCUUAGGCCACGCCCCGAAGUUGCACUCCAUGGUCUCGACACCUACCCCUCAGAGGGGGAGCCCCGCCCCUGGAUACCCAGUCGGGACCGCGGCCGGUCACAACAUUCACCGCCUCUGGAUGUAGCUCCGCCCUUCUGCGGAACAGGCCCCUCCCAGAAAGGCGUGGCCUGCAACCACAUUCCCCUCCCCCCCCCACUUCCGGACUUCUCUGCCACAAUAAAACCUGGGUGCCUCACAA